CUCUGCCCGUGCAGCCCAUGAAGGCCAUCGCCGCCGCCGCCAUCGCCUCGCACGCCCCGCAGCCGCACGUCCUCGCCGCAGGCGCCCUGGUCGCCAUCGCCGUCGGCCUCCUCAGCGUCACGGGCCUGCUGCGCUGGCUGACACGGCACAUCCCCGUCCCCGUCGUCAAGGGCAUCCAGCUCGGCGCCGGCCUGCAGCUCGUCAUCUCGGGCGGCGGCGCCAUGCUCCUGCGCCUGGGCUGGGCCGACCAGCCCCUCGACAACCGCCUCUGGGCCCUGGCCGCGUUCCUGCUGCUCAUCUUCACCGCCCGCGUGCCCCGCCGGUUCCCCUACGCCCUCGUCGUCUUUGUCGUGGGCCUGCUCCUGGCCAUCAUCGCUCUCGUCGUCUCAAGACAGGACAAGGAUGAUGAAAAAAACAACCAACACCGGCUCCCCGCCUUCCGCAUCUGGCACCCGUCCGUCUCCGUCCCGGCCUUUGGCGACGGCCAGGCCUGGUCCAUGGCCGUCGCCCAGCUGCCCCUCACCACCCUCAACUCCGUCAUCGCAGCCGCCGCCCUGGGCUCCGAGCUGAUGACCUCCCCGCCCUUCCCGGCCGGCUGCCACACCCCGACCGUCACCGAGCUGGGCAUCAGCGUGGCCCUGAUGAACCUGCUGGGCUGCUGGUUCGGCGCCAUGCCCGUCUGCCAUGGUGCCGGCGGGCUGGCGGCGCAGUACCGCUUCGGGGCGCGCAGCGGCGCCAGCAUUGUGGUGCUGGGGACGGCCAAGCUGCUGCUGGGGCUGCUUCUCGGCACCACGCUGUUGGACCUGCUGGACUCGUUCCCGAGGGCUGUGCUGGGGAUCAUGGUGAUUGCGGCGGGGCUGGAGCUGGCAAAGGUCGGGCAGGGGCUGAACCAUGGGGCUUCGGACCUCUGGGAGGAUAGUGUGUCUUCCUCGUCUGGCGGCCGGGUGGACCAUGACGGCGAUGGUGACGGCGACAGUCAUGGGGGUUUGGUGGCGGCGGAGCGGGGGCCUGACAAGAGGCCGCGCGAGCUGUCUGACGAGGAGAGGAUGGAGCGGUGGACCGUCAUGCUGAUGACGACGGCGGGGAUUCUGGCGUUUAAGAAUGAUGCGGUGGGGUUCCUGGCUGGUAUGGUGACUUGGUAUGCGUAUGGGGUCGGGCGUGUGCUUGAGAGGCGGUGGGGGGAUAGGAGAGGUGAGAGGGAGCCGCUGCUUGCCAGGUAGAAAAGUUACUUAUGAUGACGACGACGGUCAAGAUGAAGAAUUGCACGUCGUGCAUUGAAUAACAGUUACAGUCAUGGCCAAAGUCACAGAGAUGAGCAAAUGGUAAUGACAGUACCCUCCUGAGAGAGAAUUGUUUUAAGUAGAAAAUAUCAUCAGGUAAUUCAUUUCGUUCAUACG